CCCAGCCCCCGGCCGCUGCACCACGUCCCUCCUAUAUAACCUAGACGGUCUAGGCUCCCUCCCAGUCUGUACCACCAGCCCACAACCCUGCAGCACCAACUGUACCAUCACAGCAGCAACAGCAGUAACAGCAGCAACACUCGUCAUGAAGAGAGCAGCGACUGUGGCUGUUGCCUUUGCGGCGUUGGCAGUAGUGACCGGUCAAGGUAACCCGUGUCCAUCCGGCUACGAAAAUUUCCUUUUGGACUCUGCGACGCCCGUGUGUAUAAGGUUCAACACGGAGGAGACGGGGUCGUGGGCGGCCAUGAGGGCCUUGUGUCGGGCUGAGGGAGCCGACCUGGCCGAGCUGAGAGGCGACCUCCACCUUCAGGUGUACCAAUACAUCAUGCAGCACCUGGAACUCGCUGACAAAGGUUUCUGGAUGGGAGGAACUGAUUCAGGCAGCGAGGGAACUUGGACUUGGGUUAGUGACGGGACGGUGCUGGUGCUGGGGCCUCCCCACUGGUACCCAGGCCAGCCGGACGGGGGGACCAAGGCCAACUACGCCUGCAUCUACCCUCCAGACUACUACUACCACAGCUGCAACAAUAACCUCCUCAUCUACGCCCUCUGCCAGAUAUAACUCUUGGCCGAGGGAUUACCAACUGCGGCUCAUGACAAUAAAAAAUGUAUUAUAUUCCAAACAACUUAAGGAAUACUGUAUAUAAACUGAUGAGUAGAAAAUGCGGUAUUAGGAAUCUUCCUUAAAAACUGAAAAAUCUAAAUUUACGUUGUGGUGAAAGGAACAAAAGCGCUCCCCAAAGUCAGACAGUACAAAUAUGUGAGAAUUGUAAAACAAACUUAGAUUUAGAAAAUAUAUUGGUAAACACUGGUAUGGAAUUAGAUAGGUGGAACAAGGUACCAAGUAGCACCAGAGAAGCCACCUGGACAGUUUUAAGCUAAGGUUGUUCAAACGUACUAAGAACGAUGUACGAACGGUCGUACGAAGUGAUCACUUCGUACGUUUUGUUGUCCAAUAAUAUUAUACCAUGUAUCUGUG